UUUCUGCUUGUCUAGUUGGGUGGUUGUUGCUGUAGUCUUUUUCAUAAAUCUGAUGGCUGACGGGGUCACAUUUUCCUACGGCGUGUUCCUCCCCAUAAUCCAGAAGGAGUUUGGGACGUCGAAAAGCACGACGACGACCUGGGCUGGCAGUCUUUUGGCGUCGAUGCCCUUGCUGUCAGGCCCCAUCGCGUCCACCCUCACGGAUCGCUAUGGUUGUAGGAAUUGCACCAUUGUGGGUGGAAUUCUGGCUACGCUGGGAUUUAUCUUGUCGUAUUAUGCCAUUUCAAUUCACAUGCUCAUUUUGGCGUUCGGAGUGAUCACGGGAUUUGGUUUGUCGCUGUGCUACGUGGCGGCGGUUGUGAUAGUGGCCUAUUAUUUUGAUAAGAGACGCUCACUCGCGCCGGGCCUGUCCAUGUGUGGCGGUGGGAUUGGAACUUUUAUGUUUGGCCCCUGA